AAUGCUGCGGAUUUACAAUUUUAAUUAAGCCUUGUUUGUUGUUUCUGGGACGCGAGUUUGUUCGAAAGAAAGUUGUUAAUCCGUUCCUUCUCAUUUAAUAGAAUAAUUGGCUUAUUGCGCUUGGUGCAUGUAUACAUUGUUGAAAACACACAAAUCUUAUCUUUAGUCUUUUAUAUUUCGUGUAUGAUUAAUACCAUUGUUUGUGAAUUAUUAUAAUUAUAGAAUUAUAGUGAUCUGUAGGAAUUUAAUAUAAUCUUCGCUUAGAAUAUAGUGAGUGUGUUGUGAAAGUGGUCAAAAUGAAUCGUAAAAAGUCUGUACAGUUAUCUGUAGGUGGAGUUGAAUAUACAGUAUCUCCUGAAGAUGUGGGACCUGAAACUACUCUCAAUGAAUAUCUCAGAGAAAAACUGCACCUUACGGGAACCAAAAGGAUGUGUUUGGAAGGGGGUUGUGGAACAUGUACCGUAGCAGUCGAAGAGACCGUUAAUGGAAAAAAGAAGAUAUUUUCAGUAAACUCCUGUUUGGUUUCGAUAAUGUCCUGCCACGGUUGGACAAUCCACACAAUAGAAGGAAUCGGCAAUCCUUUGAAUGGGUAUCAUACAGUCCAGAAAACUUUGGCUGACAAUUAUGGCACUCAGUGUGGAUUUUGUUCACCAGGGAUGGUAAUGAAUAUGUUUGCUCUUCAGUCGUCAGGACAGAAUACCAAGGCACAAAUAGAGAAUUCAUUUGGAGGCAAUAUCUGUAGAUGUACUGGUUACAGACCUAUUUUGAAUGCAUUCAAGACUCUUGCUGUAGAUAAAGAACAACUCCCUGACAUCGAAGAGCUUAAACUGUGUAAAAACGAUCCCAACAAAAUUUGCACGAAUGACUGUAAACCUAAGGAUAACUUUUAUCUUGAGUUAAAAGAUUCCAGAUGGAUUAAAGUACACACAUUGAGAGACUUAUUGGAAGUCAUUAAAAUUUCGCCUACCAACAACUACAUGUUGGUUUGUGGAAACACUGCAAGAGGUGUUUAUAGAGAUACUCGACCUGCCAAUCAAUAUAUAGAUGUUAGAGAGGUCGCCGAACUUACUAGAUAUUAUGUGAAUCCAACUGCCCUCAAACUUGGAGCCAAUAUAGUUUUAACUGACUUCAUGAGCAUUUGCACCAAAGUUUCAGCAAAUCCUGGAUUCGAAUAUUUGAAAACUAUCGUCCAACAUGUAGAUCUGGUGGCUACUGUGCAAAUACGAAACGUAGGAAGUCUAGCUGGAAACCUGAUGAUUAAAUAUCGCCAUAAUGAAUUUCCUUCUGACAUUUUUCUACUACUAGAGACAUUUAAUGCAUCUAUUCGUUUAGUUGACGUUGACGGCAACGAGUCUUUCUGCACUCCUCAAGAGUUCCUUCGAGUUGAUAUGACUCGAAGGGUUAUUAAGAAUAUUAUACUAAGUACUUUGGACUCUAGCUACAAGUACGCAACAUACAAGAUGAUGCCAAGAGCACAAAACGCACACGCCAUGGUAAACGCUGGGUUCUUGGUAAAGCUGAAGAACAACGUCGUUACCUACGCCAAUAUCGUAUAUGGUGGAAUCAAUCCCCAGUUUAUACAUGCCUCUAAGACAGAAAAAUUCCUGAUUCAACAGAAUUUGUACAAGAAUGAUACUUUACAAAAAGCUUUUAAUUCUCUGAAGCAGGAAUUAAUUCCGGAUUGGGUACUUCCAGAUCCCACUCCUGAGUUUAGAAAAAAUCUAGCUAUCUCUUUGUUUUAUAAAUUUGUUUUAAAAACUAGUCCACCCAAUCUAGUCGGAGCGAGGUAUAAAAGUGGUGGUACCAUCCUAACAAGAGCACUUUCCACAGGAGUACAACAAUACGGUACAGAUAACAAACAAUGGCCUUUGACUCAACCUAUUCCAAAGGUAGAAUCGUUGGCGCAAACAUCUGGUCAAAUUAAGUAUAUACUAGAUAUGCCGGACAUACCACAUGAAUGUCAUGCUAGCUUUGUAACAGCAAAAUGCGUUGCAGGCUCUAAAAUAACCAAUGUAGAUGUUUCACAGGCGCUGAAAAUUGAAGGCUAUGUUGGCUACGUCGACAAAAAAGACAUACCUGGUCGUAAUACCUGCACACCACUUGAUUCUUCUAUGGGUUGGUCAGUAGAAGAAGAAUUAUUCUGCAGCGGCAUAGUUCAAUAUUACAAUCAACCUGUAGGUCUCGUUAUAGCAAAAACAGCACAAGCUGCCCACAUGGCUGCUAGUUUGGUCCAGGUUAAAUAUACUCCUCCUCAGAACAAGUAUUAUUUGGAUGUUAGAGAAGUUGUUGCAGAUAAUGUGGCCAGUAGGAUCCAUCAUGUGAAUACAGUCUUGCCACGUAAUAAAGGAAAGGAUAUUAAACAUACGAUCAAGGGAGACUUUUUCUUGGACAAACAAUAUCAUUUCCAUAUGGAAGUGCAAUGCUGCAAAGUUGUACCGAUAGACGAUGGAGGUUUAAACAUAUAUGCCUCGACCCAAUGGAUGGACGCCGUUCAAAUUGCAGCUGCCACAGUUUUAAAUAUGCCCUCAAACAAAAUUAACGUCAAAGUUACACGUCUAGGUGGUGCUUUUGGUGCCAAAAUUUUAAGAAACAACUUGAUAUCAGCUGCAGCAGCUGUAGCAGCACAUAAGCUUCAAAUACCAAUAAAACUCGUUCUAACUUUUGAACAAAACAUGGAUAUUAUAGGCAUGCGAUUCCCUUCCUAUAUGAAAUAUAAGGUCGGUGUGAACGAUACAGGAGUCAUCCAGUAUUUAGAAGCUGAUGUCUACUGCGAUGUAGGUGUAGGUGGAAACGAACCAUUUAACCAGUUGUUUACGACUAGUUUUGAAAAUUGUUACAAUAUGGAUUCCUGGGAGUUCUCAACAUAUGAUGUAAAAACGGACACUCCUGCAAACUGCUACACUAGAGCCCCUGGUACAGUAGAAGCUACAGCAGAAAUUGAAAAUAUCAUGGAGCAUAUUGCUUUUACUCUAAAUAUAAGUCCGGAUGCUGUGAAGCAGGCUAACAACAGUACAACGUCGUCUCCUAAAAUGCCGAGCUAUUGGACUGAUCUUAAAUCUUGGGCAAAUAUUGAUCAGAGAAAGGCAGACAUAGAGAAGUUUAAUGCUGCCAACCGCUGGAAUAAGAGGGGACUAUCCAUAGUUCCAAUGCGAUGGGUUUUGGAUGUGAACCUGAGCUUUUCAGUUCUUGUUUCUAUUUUCCAUAGAGAUGGAGGUGUUGCCAUUUCGCACGGGGGUAUAGAAAUUGGUCAAGGUAUAAAUACAAAGGUUAUCCAAGUUGCUGCAUACAAAUUUGGAAUCGAUAUGGAUAAGAUCUCCAUAAAACCAAGUUACAAUUUUAUAACUCCGAACAAUGGAUGCACAGGAGGAAGUCUCACCAGUGAAGCAAUAUGUUAUGCUGUUAUCGUCGCUUGUGAUAAGCUCUUAGCAAAAAUGAAGCCUGUCAAAGAUAAAAUGAACAAUCCCUCUUGGGUCGAUUUGAUUCAAGCCUGUCAUGCCGCUUCAGUGCAACUUUGUGAUACUGGAUUUUAUCACGGUAACGCACCGAAUGUUCAACCCUAUCCAAUAUUUGGAAUUUGUGCUACAGAGGUCGAGGUGGAUAUAUUGACAGGGCAGCAUCAGAUCCUGCAAGUAGAUAUUAUUGAAGAUUUAGGUCAGAGCAUGAGUCCACUUAUAGACAUAGGACAAAUAGAAGGAGCCUUUGUCAUGGGAAUUGGAUAUUACACGACGGAAGAGCUUAUAUAUGAUAAGAAUGGUAAAUUAUACACAAACAGAACUUGGAAUUAUAAGCCUCCAGGAGCCAAAGAUAUUCCGAUUAAUUUUAGAGUAAAAUUCGCAGAAAACAGUAUAAAUCCUGUUGGAGUGCUUAAGUCGAAAGCUGUUGCAGAACCACCAAUAUGUUUGUCUGUGGCUUUAGCUUUUGCUAUUCGAAAUGCACUAUAUUCUGCCAGGAAAGAGGCUGAUCCAACUCAUAUUGAAUUUUUAACCAUGAAUGGACCUACUACUGUAGAAAGAACCUUUUUAUAUUCCAAGAAUAACUAUCAACAGUACGUUCUACAGUGAUGCAAUGAUAAAAUAAUUCGUUAUAACAAUAAGAUGUGAAUGGUUUUUUUUACAAAAUAUACUUUUUUAGAUUA